AAGUUGGACUCUCAUGUUGUCGCAAAGCAGUUCACUUUGGAUUUGGGGUUUGAAGUGUUCUGUUUUUUUUGGAGGGGAGAAUGGGAUUAAGUAAGUGAGCCAAAUUGCUCACACGUUCCGAAGUGGUGUGAACUUUUCCCCUCUGCCUCAAAUUCAAACAGAGCGGGAACUGCGUGUGAACUAAUGUCUGAAAAUGUUCAAGUCAGCUGAUAAUAACUGAGAAGAAACAACUUUUUCAGGUGGUGACCCAGAGGGAUUAGAGCGCUUGAAGGACUCAACUUCCAGAAACAUGACCUCCGGAGUGUACCCAGGCCCUCUCCUGCUGCUGCUCUCUCUCCUCCCCGCCUCUCAUCAGACCUGUCCCUCCAUGUGCCUCUGUGUAUCCGACAUUGUGAGCUGUAGCGCCAGCGGUCUGUCCAAGCUACCAAAGUCCCUGCCCUCCUACUCUGUUACCCUGGACCUCAGCCACAACCAUCUGUCCUGGCUGGGUCCUGGCAGUUUCACCAGGAUUCCCAGACUGGAAAACCUCCGGAUGACUCACAACCAGCUCAGCUCCCUGAGCCAAGGGGCUUUCAACAACGCCUCCGGACUCCGGUACCUUGACCUGUCCUCCAACAAGCUGCAUGUGGUGGAGCAGCACUACUUCCAGGGGCUGUGGAGGCUGGAGGAGCUCCUCCUCUAUAAUAAUAAGAUCACACAGAUCGAGGCCGGCACACUGAUCGGCUUGAGUAGCUUGAAGAAGGCCUACUUCAGCCUCAACCAGAUCACGCACUUCCCCUUCUUCUCCAUCCAAGACCACAGUCACCCUUUCCUGGCCAUGCUGGACCUCUCCUCCAACCGGAUGAGUCGUCUGCCAUGGGAGGAUGUGAAAGCUCUGCCCGGGUUGGUGCAGCGAGGGCUCUACCUCCACAACAACUCUCUGAUCUGCGACUGCUCCAUGUACAGUGUGUUCUGGCAUUGGGAUCUGAGGGGUUAUGACUCACUGAAGGACUUUACGGAUGAGCACACUUGCACCGUCUACGGGAACCCGAGGGCCUCCAUCCGGUUCCUGCGACACUCCCGCCUCUUCCAAAACUGCACCGUGGAAAAAGCCGUCUCUCUGCCCGUGACCGUGCUACUCUCUAACGUCUUGGUGUCAGAAGGGGAAAGAGUGCGUCUAGACUGCCAAACGUCCCUGAGUAGCACAGACCUCUCAUUUACAUGGAUCUCCCCCAGCAAGGGGUACAUCACCCAGGCUACCAUAAAUGACACACUAAUUAGCCUGUUUCCUAAUGGUACCUUGGAGAUCCAAGCCGCCAAGGUCAAUGACUCAGGUUUGUACGUGUGCACAGCUUUGGAUAUUAAACAGGCGCUGAACGCGACCCGGGAGGUGAACGUGACGGUGCUGCUGCCUGCAGUGGAGCCUUUCAACACCGGCUACACAACGUUGCUAGGCUGUGUGGUGACCAUGGUCUGCAUCCUCAUAUACCUCUACAUGACUCCGUGUCGCUGCAGCUGCUGUAAACAGCCCAAACCUCAAGCUAUUCCAAUUUCCACCUACGACCCCAACACCCUAACCUCUGUUUUCUCCCCCUCCGUAAGAGACCAGCACAGAAUCCAAACUAACAAGCAUGUAGCAUUCAUGGAGGCAAUGAUAAGCGAAGAAGGACCAGAAUGGACCCCUGAAAGUUGAAACUGUGAAGAGUGUUCUCUUUUUCUUUUUUUGAAGUGGAAACAAAAGACCUCUGGACAAAGUAAAAGUCCUUGCUCAGGAAUUAGCAGUGGGAUGCAAUGAAAAAAAGGCCAUCAUGUCUCUUUCCCAGCUGCCAGCUGCACUUAAAAGGCCUCCUGAACAAAAAGCAAUAUCUCCUCUUCCAAUUCUGCUCUUCUCUGUCAUCUGGCCCAGUAGUCGAAAUGAAAGUUUCAACUUUGGUUUAUUACCCUAGGUGCACUGACAUUGCUAAAUCACAGUAGAGCCAUUAUCAGCCCUAAAAAUCAGCUAAUAACUUCUCUGUGUACUCAGGUACGGCACUAGGGGGGAAUAUUUCUCGCGGGAUCUGAGAGUGAAUCUGGCUUACUCUUCACAGAAAGUGUUUAACGAGGAUUAAAAACCCUGGAAAAGUGCUGCGAGUUCAUGACUGUGUAUCUGGGUUGAGUUAAGGUGCUACAGAAUUAGUGUGGUAGAGAUAGGCACUCGCAUUGCAGCAGCAGAAGAUAACUUAUAUAUAAAUAUAUAUAUAUAUAUGCAGCCCAUAUUUCUUAUAACAUGUAGCUUGAACAUAAAGCACCUAAAACUCAAUCCAACUCCUGAAAACUUCUGUUCUCUGUGUUCUUAAUAAAUGGUUUCUUCCCUUUAGAUCAGUUGCCUUUUCUGCUUUAGUAAAUCCAUUACUAUCAUAUAUAAAAAAGAGGAAUUAAGAUACAGCAAGAAAAGCAAUAAACACUU